AUGAGUAAGAAACCCACAAGAGGAAAAAAAUUCAGUGUUCACAUGCCUAGAGAUCCCACACUUUAUCCUCUUUGUAAGAAAUGUUUAGUGAAUAAUUACAACAGGAGAGGCGAUUUGUGCAUUCGAUGUUACGAAGAAAAUGAAGCUCGAAAAGCAGAGAGGGUCUCAAAUGGAACAGCUGACCCAUUAUACGAUUGUCCUAUGUGCAAAUGUAAAAUGACAACGAAGUACAAAGAAAGCGAUCGUGGACCAGUUUGCACAUUCUGCUACAAUAAAUAUAAAGACGAGUUCCAAUGGACAUACGAUGAAAAGUUGGAUAUAUCCAAAAUUCUCACUCAAAAGAAAGAGCCAAAGGAUAUGAGAAAGCGGCAUCUACGUUGUGCCAAGUGCCAAGAAGUUUUUGUUGAUUUUGCGAUUUCUUCAAUCACCCUCUGCUCAAAAUGUUUUGUGUACACGAAGCCAACUGCGCCUGUUCAACCACCUAUAAUAAUGCCUGCAGUACUUGAAGCAGAUUUGUCUAGUGAGCCACCAAUGAAAAAAAGUCGGUCGAGGAAAACACCUGCUAAGAAGUCAGUGCGAACCGAAGCCAAUAAUCACAUCGAAGCACCUACUAACCCUAGAAAUGGUCCUCAUGCUCCAAAUUUCAACAAUAUCAACAAUCCAACUGAUAUUCCACCAGUGAUUGAUAAUUCUUUUGAUUGGUAUUCUUUACCACCACCGCUAGAAUAUCAUGGAGGUCAAUCUCAACCGUAUCAGCCUUCAGUCCAACCGUAUCAACAACCGGAAGCUCCACCGCUACAACAUUACCAAAACCCCACAUCACUGUACCAACAGCAGGAAGCAGUUGGUUACCAGGAUUUGGAGGCUCAACCUCCAGCACAUCAACAACAUCCUCCUCCACCCUAUUAUGAACCGUUUCAAGCACCGUAUCAUCAUCAGGAACAUCAGAACUGUCCUGUCCCACACCAUGAAUCACAGAUGCCAUAUCAACAGCCUCAGGGGGCUCAAGUAUACCAACAUCAUCAGACACCACCACCACCAAUUCCGAAUCAGAAUCAAUUCCAACCAAACUAUGGCUAUCAGUAUCAUACUGAACACAUAUUUGACAAUAGGCAACAUUCCGUCCAUCCAACUUGGAAUCAAAAUUAUUCUCAACACGAAAACUACAACUAUGGAUAUCAAAACUGA